AUGUCAAUUGUUUCAUUAUUAGGUAUCAACGUCUUAAACAAUCCAGCAAAAUUCACUGAUCCAUAUCAAUUUGAAAUUACAUUUGAAUGUCUUGAACCUUUAAAAGAUGAUUUAGAAUGGAAAUUAACAUAUGUUGGAUCAUCAAGAUCUUUAGAACAUGAUCAAGAAUUAGAUUCUAUAUUAGUUGGUCCUGUUCCAACUGGUAUAAAUAAAUUCUUAUUCACUGCAGAUCCACCAAGUGCUGAAUUAAUUCCUUCAAAUGAAUUAGUUUCAGUUACUGUUAUCUUGUUAUCAUGUUCAUAUUCAGAUAGAGAAUUUGUUAGAGUUGGUUAUUAUGUUAAUAAUGAAUAUGAUUCAGAAGAAUUAAGAGAAAAUCCACCAAAUAAAGUUCAAGUUGAACAUGUUACAAGAAAUAUCUUAGCUGAAAAACCAAGAGUUACAAGAUUUAAUAUUGUUUGGGAUAAUGAUGAUGGAGUUGAAGAAUUCCCACCUGAACAACCUGAUGCUGAUUUAGUUGAAGAUGAUGAAGAAGCUUAUGGACAAGAAGAAGGUCAAGAAGAAGGUCAAGAAGAAGAAGAAGAUGAUGAUGAAGAAGCUGUAGAAGAAGGUGAAGAAAAAGACAAGAUACAGAAUGAAAAACCAAGUGAACAAUCAAGUGAACAAACAGAACAAAUUGAACAAGGUCCAAUAGAGGAAGAAAUUAAAACUCCAAAAGAUGAAGAUAAUCAAAUUAAUAAUCAACUUGAAGUUAAAACCCCAGCUGAUGAAUAA